CUCUCUUUACCUCUAAUCUAUAUAUAUCUGUGCGUUUCUCAUGCACGCUUAUACAUAUCCAUAAACCCUGGUGGAAGAAAUAAGUGUUAUAAGCACAAAACAUGAUGAUGGGCGAUGAGAGAUCAGAGGUAGCUUUUUUCGACAUUGAAACAACAGUACCGACCCGACCCGGACAAGGAUUUGCGAUCCUGGAAUUUGGGGCAAUUCUUGUUUGUCCAAGGAAGCUUGUCGAACAGGAAGCCUACUCCACCCUCGUCAGGCCCACUGAUCUUACCCUCAUUUCCAACCUCUCCGUUCGCUGUAGCGGCAUUAACCCGGAAGUAGUCACAUCUGCCCCUACCUUUGCUGAAAUCGCUGACAAAGUUUACCACAUUCUCCAUGGGAGGAUAUGGGCAGGCCACAAUAUACUGAAAUUUGAUUGUCACAGGAUUCGGGAAGCAUUUGCUGGGAUUAAUAGGCCAGCACCAGAGCCCAAAGGAAUUAUUGAUACAUUGGCCUUAUUAACUCAGAGAUUUGGAAGGAGAGCUGGUGACAUGAAGAUGGCCUCUAUUGCUACUUAUUUUGGACUUGGACGGCAAACACAUAGGAGUUUGGAUGAUGUCCGAAUGAAUCUUGAAGUGCUGAAGUACUGUGGAACUGUCUUGCUUUUGGAAUCCAGCCUGCCAGACAUAUUUACGGAGAAUAGUUGGGUGUCUCCUAAUGCUACUACAAGAAGCCGUAGUAAUUGGAAAGCUUCUCCAGAGAAAACGGGCUUCAGUGCAGAUACACCCUCAUCGAGCGUCAAGAUGGACAGUCAUGUUGAAUCUACAGCACAAAUCGUCCCUUUUAACAUGGACGAAGUGGAAGAAUCCCUUCGGUCAGAUGUCCAGGAAGAUGAAUCUGGUUCAUAUUCUCCAGAAUCGUCCACAACUGCAACUGAGAGUUUCAUUGGCUGCACUGACUUCUUAGAACCAAAUGAAAUCUCCAUACCUUCGAUCUCUGUAAGUCUUACCCCUUUUUAUCGUGGGUCUCAGAAGAUACAAGUAUUUCAUGACUAUGGUGAACUACAAGUUUGUUGUAGACGAAUGAAGGUGCGGUUUGGUGUUAGUAAAAAGUAUGUUAACAAGGUGAGUUUAGUGGUUGAUGCAUCACCGGGCCUGUGCCAAAUCUUGGAUGCAGUUGAUCAUCUUGCUCAAAAGCUAUCUGUGGACUCAGGUAGCAGCUCAGAGUGGAGGCCUGUGGUAACUAGAAAGCCUGGAUUUAUGAACUAUCCUACUGUCCGUUUAAAUUUACCAACUGUUAUAGAUGGUAAUAUUUCCCGCUGGACCACAGAGAUAUACCAGAAAGAAUCUUCCACAACACAAAAGCUCGUCUUUAGUAGAUUUGAUGUGGAAGAACUGGAAUCCUUGAUAACUCCGGGAACGUUCGUGGAUGCUUACUUCUCAGUGGAUUCAUAUGACGUCCAGCAGAAUGCUGGCAUCCGCUUAGUCGCAAACAAGUUGAUUGUGGAUUCAACCUGAUAGAUCAGGUCCCAGAUUGACUUGUAUGACUUAAGCUUAUGGGAACUUGGACUAUAUAUGAGAUUGACUUGAGUUAGAAAGUCGCUGUAAUUAUCUCUCUUGUACCAUGAAUUGAAAAAUGAAAGGUUUGUCCUA